AUGUCGCUGGAUCCGCCGACGUAUCUAGCAUCGCUGCAGAGCAACAUCCGGCAGCGGCCGAUUCCCUGGGACGGGGCUGUGCGCGCGGGCACGCUGACCGAAGAGCAGCUCGCCCGCAUCCGCGCCGUCGACAAGGCCAAGAAAGAUGCCCGCAAGCAGACCGUCGAGGCCGAUCUCGACGGCUAUCGUGCGCUGUUUGUCGGUGAGCCUGGGAAGAAGAGCGUGCUGGAAUUGGCCGCCAAGCGCCAGGAUGUUGUGCAUUACAUUCUCGUCUUCUUGAGCGAUCUGCUUGACAGCGUGCCCGCAUUAUCGAAAGCUCUGUUCCAAACGGGCGAUCCUUACCAGCAUUUUCUUCCACUACUCAGCCGUUCCCCCAAUCCGGACGAUCCAAUUCCGCUGCUCACUUCUACCGUGCUCGUUAGUCUCAUGGCUGGCUCCAGAGAUGAGUCCCCGGCGACGGUAGACAAGGCUUUACCGCUCGUAUUCACCUACCUGUCGUCCCUAACCAAGAAUUCCGACGCUGGGCUCCAAGACAUUGGCGUGCAGGAGUACUCGUCGCUUCUCUACGGCCGUGCGACCAGACAACAGUUCUGGAAGCAGAGAAGCGAGACAAUUGCGCCUCUAAUCGAUAUUUUGCGAGCGGCAGCAGGAGUUGGCAGCGGCGACGCCUCGGCCAGCCUUUGGAGUGGAACCACGUCCACGGCCCGGAGCGGCUUCGAGGGUUCACUGGGCGGUGGCAUUGGUCUUCAGCUGCUUUACCACGUGCUCCUCGUCAUGUGGCAGCUCAGCUUCGAGGCUGCCACAGUCGGUGACGAGCUAAACGAUGAAUACGACAUUGUUUUGCUCUAUACACAGCUCCUACGGCUGUCCCCCAAGGAGAAGACCACCCGAUUGCUCGUCUCGACCCUGUUAAACCUCCUGGUCCACAAUCAGAACACGCUGCUCCCCACAGCAGUCCUUGCGCGGCUUCCAGCUUUAUUGCAGAACCUUCAGACCAGGCAAUUCUCCGACCCCGAUCUCAGGGAGGACAUGGAUAAGCUUCGCGAGCUGCUCGAGGAAUAUACCAAGACAAAGACUACGUUCGACGAGUACGUUGGGGAGUUGAACUCGGGCCACUUGCGCUGGUCGCCCCCGCACCGCAAUACUGUCUUUUGGGCCGAGAACGCGCGCAAGAUUCUCGAAUACGAAAAUGGCGCCCUCAUACGCAAGCUAGCCGACAUUAUGAAGAAGCCGUGGGACAACGAUAAAGCCGUGCUUGCGAUUGCGUGCAACGACAUUGGCUGCCUCGUCCGCGAGGUGCCCGAGAAGAGGAGCCAGCUGGAGAGAUAUGGGUUGAAAACUAGGGUGAUGGAGCUCAUGGGCGAGGCUGACGAGAACGUGCGGUGGGAAAGCUUACGAGCGUUAGGCGGGUGGUUGCAGUACAGCUUUGAUACGAACUACUUCACCCGCCACCGAGCCAUCGAGAACAACCUCACCGGCUGGGUCCGGAAUACCGACAAUAACAAGGUCGAGGGCGAAGCACAGGGCGAAGAGGACGCCCUCGCAACGUUUCUCAAGGCCGUGGACAAGGGACCUCGGCACGCCCACGUAGUCAGGUUGGACAAGGAAGACAGAGAGGUGGUCGAGGGCGAGGAGGGCUUUGAGAUCCGUCGAUGA